UGGAAAGACCUCGAUCAUCGAGCAAUGCACAGUAGGCGGAGCAGCAAUCAACUGUUCCCACGUUCAUUCUCUCUUGCAUCCACCUCCCUCCUCCUCCUCGUCCUCCUCCUCUAUAUGUGUCACCUUCUCGCUCUUCUCCUUCAUUCAAACCUGAAGCCUCCCAUCUUCUCCCCUCUCUCUCUCUCUCUCUCUCUCUGAACCAGCUAGAAUCUAGCCUCCUAUUUACAUCACCGUUUCCAAAGAAACCUUCUCUUUCUUCACGCUCACUCACCAACCCUAUGGACUCUUAUCCCAACUGGCUCGCUUUCUCUCUCUCUAAUCACUCCCCUCUCUUCCAUUCAUUCUCCUCAGGUACCACCGAUGAUGCGUCGCCGCAGGCGGCUGUUGGAGGACCUGCCACCAGCAACGACCUCUCCAUCUUCGCCGGAGGCAGCCGCAAGUUCGAGGACUUCCUGGGCGGCUCCUCCGCCUCGUCGGUAGCAGAUGCUACUGCUCCUCCUCCUCAGUUCUCAGCCGACAACGUUUUCAGUUCUGAUCUCAAAACCAUAGCCGCCGGCUUUCUCCCGCGCUUGGCCGCCGCCGAACAAGCCGAGCCUCGAAAACAGGCCCUGGCCGUGACCGUGCCUUCCCCUAGGAAGACCGCCGACACAUUCGGCCAACGCACCUCCAUCUACCGCGGCGUAACACGGCAUAGAUGGACUGGGAGAUAUGAAGCUCAUCUAUGGGAUAAUAGUUGUAGAAGAGAAGGUCAAAGUAGGAAAGGAAGGCAAGUUUAUUUGGGUGGCUACGAUAAGGAAGAGAGAGCAGCCAGAGCUUAUGAUCUCGCUGCUCUUAAAUAUUGGGGUCCAACUACCACCACCAACUUUCAGAUUUCGAACUAUGAGAAGGAACUGGAAGAGAUGAAGAACAUGACAAGGCAGGAAUUUGUUGCUUCACUACGAAGGAAGAGUAGUGGCUUCUCUAGAGGGGCUUCAAUAUACAGAGGAGUGACAAGGCACCACCAGCAUGGGCGAUGGCAAGCAAGAAUUGGCCGAGUCGCCGGAAAUAAAGACCUUUAUCUCGGCACUUUUAGUACUCAAGAGGAAGCUGCUGAAGCAUAUGACAUUGCAGCUAUAAAAUUUAGAGGAUUAAGUGCAGUGACCAACUUUGACAUGAGCCGAUACGACGUGAAGAGCAUAGCAAACAGCAGUCUUCCCAUAGGAGGAUUAUCAUCCAAAGCCGAAAACUCAUCAGACUCUUCUGCAUCUGACAGCAAAAGCAACGAUGGAAGCCUCAGAUCAGCCGAUAGUAACAACGUCGACCGAGACCCGUCCUCUCAUUCAUCGGUAACCUUCACGUCCCCCCCAUCAACCUCGAACCACCUCAGCUUCGCCGUGCCCAUCAUCAAACAAGAUCCAACCAUGGAUUACUGGUCCAAUAUCCUUGGCUACCACCAGAACCCUCCAUCUCUCAAGAACCCUUCCAACACUGUUACUCUCGCUUCUCUGCAAAAUUACAACAAUAACAACACAAUGGUACCGUUCAGCUUGGAGUUGCAGAGAAAUAGCAAUGCAUUAAUGGAUGGGGGUGUGAUUAAUGCUCAGAACAUUGAGCAGCAACAAAGCGGAAGCAAUAAUAAUAAUAGUAGUACCGGAACGGUGGAUUCAAGUUUAAGUUCAGUGAUAGCAUUGGGCACUCCGAUAGGUUUAAAUAGUAACAGUAGUUAUGAGAGUUCAUCUGGAUAUGGAAACUGGAGUGUAGGGCCUGGUCUGCGCACAUUCCAAACACAUGCAAAAGGAAGUCUGUUUCAGACGCCAAUAUUUGGAAUGGAAUGAGUGAAUGAGAGAGACGAUGAAGGAGAAAGGAAGGGGAGUGAGAAUCUGUGCAUAAUGAUGGUGAAAGGGAUAUUGAAGGAGUAAGUGGGUAGUGUUUGUAAUAAUUCACCAGAGGCCCCAAAACUUUAAUUUGCUGACACUGUACUGUACUAUUACUAACUUGGUGAAAAAGAAAAGUUGUUUAGGUUAGGCUUUGAUUUUUUUUUUUUUUUUUGGGUGCUUCUUUAGUUUGAGCCCUUUUGCUUGUCCUCCUUGUUCACUGACAUAAUUUUUGGUGGGGAUAGCAAGGGAAAGGAAUGUUUUGUAACCCUUUCAAGUAUGUCUCUAGUCUCUGUAUUUUGCUUCUUGAAAGGUAAAAACGUUAUUUUCAUGUGA